UUUUUAAAAAAAAUUUCACUCCUUCCGGCUCUUCUUUUCUAGCUGGUAAUUUUAAAAGCGCCGUUCCUCGAUUUUCAGCUUUUAUACCUCGCCAGUGUCUCCGUUUAUAAAAAUUUUUGCAGAUAAGGUUUGAAAUUCGCUGCCAAGGAUUCUUUGAGGAUUCUGCAGAGACCGGAAGCGUUUGUGCCUCCUCCGUCCGUACAAUAAUGGCUUUCGUCUCUUUCGUUGGCAGAGUUCUCUUCGCCUCACUGUUCAUCCUCUCUGCUUGGCAUGAAUUCAAUGAGUUUGGUGAUGAUGGCGGGCUGGUGGCAAGAUCUCUUGCACCAAAAUUCAAAAUUUUCUCAAGGCAUGUAUCAUCCCAUGCUGGGUUUCAAGUGCCACCUGUUGAAAUGAAGCACGCAGUUGCUACUGCUAUUGCCAUGAAGGGUAUUGGAAGCCUCCUUUUCAUCUUUGGCAGUUCUCUUGGUGCUUAUCUUCUGCUUCUGCACCAAGCAAUUGUCACUCCAAUAUUGUAUGACUUUUACAACUAUGACGCAGACAAGGAAGAAUUUAAUCAGCUUUUCACGAAGUUCACACAGAACUUGGCACUCUUUGGAGCCUUACUUUUCUUCAUUGGCAUGAAGAACUCAGUUUCAAGGAGACAACUCGGGAAAAAGCCUCUGAAAUCAAAGACACUGUAAAAGAGGGACUAUUGAAGAUGUGAAGAUUAGCAUUUUCGACAACUUAAUGUUGAUUUUGCCCAAGACUAGUUUUUGACUUUUAUCAGAUUUUCCUCUUCAAGGAGUUUAGGGAACUGUAAGGAGAAAAAAGAAGAGGUGUUUUAAUUAUCUUGAGAUUAUGCUAUUGUUUAUGUACUCUGGCUUCUAUGGCCACAAUUGAGAUUUAGAUGCGAACUGUGAAGUCCAUAUUUAAAUUUGCUGGUGUGUAGGAGGUUGUAACCUGGAAUCUUGUCUGUUUGCUCUUGCUGGGGUGGUAGAGAAUCUGAUGUUGAAAGCAGUUGUCACCUGUCAGUCGAGCUUUUGCUCUGCUGGUACUUGCGACCUGUCCAUUGUUGCUUACCAUUUGAUAUGAUCACUGGUAGGGCUGCUAAUAGCUCUCCCUCCAAUGAAAAGUAAGGAAAGCUUCUUGCAGCA